GAGACAACACCCAGAAACUUUGCAGUGCUUGUGGCAGUGAACUGCCUGGCCAGCACUGCACCAGUCAAGACAGGUAUGCAGGGUACCAGGGGGCUCUCUUGUGCCUACUGGACAAGGGGGACGUGGCCUUCGUGAAGCACACAUCCGUCACGCACGCCAUCUCGGCGUCCACUGCCGCCCUCAACCUCACGGUGGACGACUUCGAGCUGCUGUGCGUGGACGGUACAAGGGCGCCCCUGGCGAGCCACGCGACCUGCAACUGGGGACGCGUCCCUGCUGACACCAUUGUGACGUCCUCGGCCCGCAGCAGCGACGCCCGUAUUCUCCUGCAGCAGUUCCUGAAGAUCAUGGUGGAGCUGUACGGCAAGAAGGAUCCUAGCCUCCCUCACCGCUUCCACUUGUACGACUCCUCCCCGACGUACGGCGCUACCUACGACGCCCUGCUCUCCGACGAUACGAUGAGUCUAGUGGAGGUGCCGCGCUCGCACCAGAACUUCAAGAAGUACCUCAGCGCCGACAUCUUGCGCCACAUCAACAUCGUGCGCUCCUGCCCUGUCAGCAACAUGACUUUGUGCGUCACCUCCAGGAUCGAGUUCGCCAAGUGCCUCCAGAUGAGGAUGGCGUUGAAUGCGCAGCUGCUGAAGCCUGAAGUGAAAUGUCUGAAUGGCGGUUCAAGCUACGAGUGCAUGGCGGCCAUCCACAACAGGGAUGCUGACGUUGCCGUGCUGGAGGCGGGCGACGUGUACACUGCAGGGCUGACAUUCGACCUCAUCCCUAUCAUGGCCGAGCGCUACAACCUGGACGACUCCUACUACUACGUCGUCGCCGUCAGCAAGGAGGACGACAUGACGACUGACGUCGUCUAUCUCAGGAACCGACGCACAUGUCACCCGAGCGUGAUGCACGGUGGGGGCUGGGUGCUGCCCCUGGACUACCUCCUCAACAACAACCUCAUGCGGCCCUACGGGUGUAACUCCCUCAAGGCCGCCUCCCAAUACUUCUCCAAGUCCUGCGCCCCUGGGGCCUUGAACAACCUCUACCGCGACCAGUACUAUGACUCCGACUACCAUCUCAACCUGUGCCACCUCUGCCAUGGUACCGGAUCUUCUUUCUGCGCCAGGGACCACACCGAGGACUAUUUUGGCUUUACUGGAGCGUUCCAGUGCCUGGUGGAGGGGGGCGGGGACGUGGCGUUCCUGAAGCACACGACGGUGCCGGAGAACACGGACGGCAAGCGCAGGGACUGGUGGGCACGUAACCAACUUACAGCAGACUACCAGCUACUCUGCAGGGAUGGUACCAGGCGACCAGUUACUGAGUACCUCGACUGCAACCUGGGCAAGGUGCGAGCCAACGCGGUGGUGACUCGCGGUGGCUACGACUACAACGCGACGGAGGUGCAGACCUUCACGAACCUCUUCCUGUACGCCCAGCAGUUCUUCGGGCGCGACAGCGCGCACGAGUGGGAUUUCCAGAUGUUCAACUCAAAGGACCGCUACGCUGACGUCAUCUUCCAGGACGCGACGCAACAACUGCUGCCACUGCCACCUGAGCUGCAGCACUACCACGCAUACCUCGGACGCGACUUCCUGAACGCGCGCUACCGUGUUGACUGCACGGCAGGCAGCAUGAGAAUGACGGCAACUGCACCUUUGGCAGUCUUAGCUCUGUCAGCUCUGUUGGUCCUCAGGCACUGACAGCCUUCUUGUCAAUACGGCUGGAUCUUGAGCCAAAGGCAUCCUGUAAUGCGCGUUGCCAGACUGAAUGACUCAAAGACUGGUUACACCUCUUGAUAUCAGUCAAAGUGUCAAUCCUGACUUAAUUCAUGCCCAAAAACCAGUUGCAAUUCAACUCUAUUGAGUGGCUCCUACGAAAUCUUUUAUUCAACUCAGUCUCGGAUCUCAUAUACGCGGUUUUUCAAUAAUUAUCGCCUCUAGCAUCUUAAGUCACAAAAUUUUUCUCGCGUGUGUCGAGGUGACGCGGAUAUCCGGGAAGUUUGCCACUCCAGUUGAGUCCAUGCUUGAAUUUUGUGACUCAAUUGUGAUUUUUUAUCCCCAAUAUAUCUUCUAAAAAUUCGAUUGACAGUUUGUAUAUUGUCUUAUCUGUCCGUCCAUUCAUGCGCUUGACAUUCAAAUGUCUUCCACAUGUAAAUUUAAGCGUACUUGGUGCCUAGUGCUAAUUAAUUAGUUACCGAGUUAUAAAGUAUGUUAAUCAUUGACUAUAAGAUUACUUUCCCCGAGUGUAAGCCGAUAUUGUUCACACUCUUUGUUCACAAUGCAAGGUAUUCCUGUUAAUUUGAUGCCUCGUUAAUAAUGUCCACGUAUCUUCGGCCAGGCUUCUCAAUAUUUUAGUUCUGAUUUUAAACAUUUUUUUAUAAACGAAUCAAUUUAAAUUGAUUUUUAGUGUUACGAAUAUUUGUCUUGUUAAAUUUUGUAUGGUUUGAUCCAUCAAUCUUGUAUGUCAUCGGUUGAUGUCAGGCCGAAAAUAACGCGCCUCUCAAAGCUGGCCUGCAAUCUGUAAAACUUUAAUUCAAUAUUACUCAUAAGCUCGUUCGCUGCACAUACAAGCUAUUCAUUCCUCGUUCACGUCAAGUUUCGCGUUCAUUUUGAGUUGAAUGACUCAUUCACACAUUCGUUUCAAUGUGCGCUGUCUCCGCACUUAUGUUCAUUGAAUGUUAUUGUAAGAUAAAAGCGUAUUUAAAUAUACAUUUUAUAUAGGCUCCGUAACUAGGGCAGGUGUGUGACUAGCGACCAGUAUACAUCACUAGUUGAAGAGGAGUUGCAUUCUACUGACUAGAGGAUGACUGUCACUAUCUAAUGGUUGGUCGUGAUGGUAGCCUAUCUUUCAGUGAUAGGUUAGUGGUAAUCUCUUACCUGUAGCUAAUUGUGCACCAAGUUCAGUCCACUGGCGCCAAGCUCUGUCCACUGGCGCCAAGCUCCGUCCACUGGCGCCAAUCUCCGUCCACUAGCGAUAAGCUCUGUCCACUGGCGCCAAGCUCUGUCCACUGGCGCCAAGCUCUGUCCACUGUCGCCAAGCUCUGUCCACUGGCGCCAAGCUCUGUCCACUGUCGCCAAGCUCUGUCCACUGGCGCCAAGCUCUGUCCACUGGCGCCAAGCUCCGUCCACUGGCGCCAAUCUCCGUCCACUAGCGCCAAGCUCCGUCCACUAGCGCCAAGCUCAGUCCACUGGCGCCAAGCUCCGUCCACUAGCGCCAAGCUCCGUCCACUGGUGCCAAGCUCCGUCCACUGGCGCCAAGCUCCGUCCACUGGCGCCAAACUCCGUCCACUAGCGCCAAUCUCCGUCCACUAGCGCCAAGCUCCGUCCACUGGCACAAUAUUCCGUCCACUAGCUCUAAGGCCUAGCGUUAAGUCCUAAUUCUAGCCCAUUUAUUACCCAGAUCUGUUAGGAACUCUAGGAUGAAGCUAUCCCUGUAGGCUAAGAUAACCUUCUCAUGGGCUACCGACUCCUAUGUGUAUAUUUUAAUCUCAUUGUGUAGUCCAAAACGUUAAUAUUCUUGAAAUUAAAUACCGGAGUUGAUUUUUGUCCACUAAUUAUAAUUAUCCCUUCAUGUGAAAUUUUUUCUCAUACUUUGAAUGGUAGACUUUAUUUGCUAAAUACCCCCUUCUCUACACAUACCUGUCAGGUAUUUAUUCCUCAAUGUAAUUCAUACCUGAACCCAGCAUUAAAUAAUAAUUCUAUGUACUUAAAA